CCAAGUUUCAAGUGGCUUGGUCCUGUUUCUGCUCUCUCCUGGAUUUCACUGGCUAUGACUUGUUACGCGCUUACUUUGGCUCUACUGGCGCUGGCCGGCUGCAUUUGCUGUACGUUCGCACGGGCCACGCCCGACGAGGAGCGCUACGUGGAAAAGGAGUAUAAUCGGGAUCUGUAUGACUGGAUUAAUAACGCCGUUCGAUAUGCGCCCGUCCAACCACCGGGUCCGCCCUGCAAGUAUCCAUACUUUCUGGAUAACUCACUUAACCCAAAUAUGCGGAUGCCAAAGCGAAACUCGGAACUGAUUAACUCGCUGCUCAGCUUACCCAAAAACAUGAAUGAUGCGGGCAAGUAAAAGAAAAAAGACCGGAUAUAACUAAGUACAUAUGUCGCUGUGGAGAUUCUAUACGUGAACACAAAUAUAUAUAAUGAAACAAUAUGAAUAAAAAAAUACAAAAAAAAAAUGUAUAUUAAUAAAUAGUUUUAUAAGCCUGGCCUGCGCUUCAAUAAUAAAUAAGUUUGCAUACAUAUGACAUAUGACUCGAAGGAUUCA